CUGCCAGUCUCUUCUUCACAGAAUCUAAAAACCUUUUCUCCCUACUACUCCCACACCCUCUGCUUUCUUCACUCCGACUCAGAAGAAAUCCAGAGGAAAUAGUGAGAGAACAUUAAAAAAAAAAAAAUCACAUAAACAAUAAAAAUGUCUCUCACUAUUCCCACAAAUCUGUCUAAACCCGUGUUAAAGCCGAAGUUAAGCUCUCCAUCGAGCCCAAAAUCGAGGCCUAUGAUACUCUGCAGCUCGACUUCUCAAAACACCAACCCAGAGAAAAGUACCAGCACUUCGCCACUGCAGACUUUCUCUGCUGCACUCGCGCUCUCCUCCAUCAUUCUCUCUGCGGCCCCAGUUCCCGCCAUGGCCGACAUCGCCGGCCUGACCCCAUGCAAGGAGUCCAAGCAGUUCGCCAAACGAGAGAAGCAACAGAUCAAGAAGCUGGAGUCGUCGUUGAAGCUGUACGCACCGGACAGCGCGCCGGCUCUGGCAAUCAAAGCCACGAUAGAUAAGACGAAGAGGAGGUUCGACAACUACGGAAAGGCGGGAUUGCUGUGCGGGUCAGACGGGCUUCCCCAUUUGAUAGUGAGCGGUGAUCAGAGGCACUGGGGAGAGUUCAUAACACCGGGGUUACUGUUUCUGUACAUAGCGGGGUGGAUCGGGUGGGUUGGCCGCAGCUACCUGAUUGCGAUAAGGGUUGAAAAGAAGCCGACGGAGAAGGAAAUCAUCAUUGAUGUGCCGUUGGCUUCGAGGUUGGCCUUCAGAGGCUUCAGUUGGCCUAUUGCUGCCUACAGAGAAUUCGUCAAUGGCGACCUUAUUGCCAAGGAUGUCUAACUUCUUUGCCUUUAUUUUUAUCUCAGGUUUGCUCUCUCUUUUUUCUUUAAAAUAUUGAGACAAUGAUUUUCAUUUUGAUUUUAUUUUGGUCAUGCGUCUAAUUGAGCAGUUGGCAUGGGAUGUGGGGAGGGAGAUGUGGUGGAGUGCCUGAUCACCAUGGGAAGUUGUAUGAGGAGAUGGAGGUCUCUUAAUGGUGGGGAAGAUUUCUUUGUAUUAAAAAUGUAAAAUUUUAUUUUUAAUUGAUUUUGUGUAAUUAUUUUCUUA